GUGUGGUUUGUUUCUGCAGCAAGGUGGAGUUCAUCCGGCUCUUAACCACACUGUCACGAGAAGACAGUCUCGUCUCCUCAGACAUUAUCUCUUCUCUUAAUGACUGAAAGAUGUCCGUGGAGGUUGAAGAGGGACGAAAUUCAGAUUCAAAGAGAACAUGCCCGAUACUGCUUUGGCGUUGGUUUCCUCAUGUUUUCCUUAUUUUAUCGCUCGUUUUAUACGCAGUUUUUGGCGCGUUGAUCUUUCAACACGUUGAGAAUAAACCAUUCAAUGAGCCGGAGAACAUCAGUGCGGUGGCGCGAAAACUGGUGGAGACGGUGCAGAACCACACAGAUGCUUCAACACGGGAGGCGUUAUUCAGGAAAACAGAACAUAUUUUGUCCAAAUUCCUUAAUGAAAGGCAGUAUCAGAACUGGAGCUUCUACAGUUCACUUUUCUUCUGCUGUACAUUGUUCACUACUGUAGGUUAUGGACAAAUGUAUCCAGUGACUUAUGAAGGCAAGGUGGCUUGUAUCCUGUAUGCGAUGGUGGGCAUUCCUCUCAUGCUGCUAGUCAUUUCAGAUGUGGGAGAUAUCUUAGCUGUUCUUCUUUCCAAAGCGUACACUUACCUCAGCCGGUUCUUCAGAGGACGGAAGUUACAUCGCUCAUGCAUUCACAGACAUGAAAAGGCAUCAUCUACAAAACCAGUUCAAGGUGCUAAUACCGAAGGCACCUAUAUGUUCCAGUCGGCCCUCAGAUGCACAUGCUUGCAGAUACGUAACAACAGAGAGAUCUUUGACCGCAUGAUUAUUAAGGAGAACGUCAAGCUCAAAACCGCUCUAACAAAAUCUUACUCGUGCCCAGAUCUUAACCAUUUGAAGUGCAUUAGACAGGAGACGGAGAGCAUUAAAGUCCCUCCGCUGGUCAUCUUGCUGGUAGUAUUUGCUUAUAUGUUCCUCUGCAGUCAAAUUCUGAGAUGCUGGGAGAAGCAGAUGGACUUUUUUGAUGCUUUUUAUUUUACCUUCAUCACCUUGACCACUAUUGGCUUUGGGGACAUUGUGCCUGAACACCCAAAAUACUUCAUGGUUACCUUUUUGUUUAUUAUCACAGGCAUGGCCAUUAUAAGCAUGGCCUUCAAACUCAGCCAAUCACAAAUUUUUAGCUUUUACAGUCGUUGCAUGAAGUUUGUUAGCAUGGGCAAGGUGGAAAUACACAAAGACCCAGAACGUUACUGAAGGCAGAAAGAAGCAGAUGGUUUUUGUGGCUUUGCUAAUGGCUCAUGAAAUUACUACAGGAAAGAACGAGCAUUCUCAGCGCAAGAUGAAAGUGAGUUUUAAUAUUUAUAAGGUAUCAUUGACAUUUUGAUAUACAGUGGGUUGAAGGGAAAUUAACCAUAGUCAUGCUGCAGUGAACAAGUAUAGGAGAGAGGCUCAAAAUGAAACUCACACUCCUGUUAACUAUUUCAGCCAAAAGCAAGGAACUGCAUGUUAUUUUUUUAUUACAUGCUAAGAGUGUAGUAUGAUUUAACUUUCUGAUCAAUUCAUUACUUUUCUCUUAGUGACAUUAAUGCUAUGAAAGUAAGUGUUUAUAUAAAAUUAAAGUGCCCCUAUUUUUGGAUUUUUGAAAAUUACAUUUCAUGCAGUGUGUAACACAGCUUUAAGUGAAUGAAAACAUCCUGCAAAGUUUUAAAUCUGAAAGUGCACAGUAUACAGUCGACUCAUUGAAACCAGUCGUUUUUUUAUUUUAUUCCCAAGUCCUCUCAUGUUGACGUCAACAUUAAAUAUUACCAUAUUGCCCGCCCACUUGUUGGGUCUUUUCGUGUUGAUUUGAGACUUAGUUGAUUUGAAUGAAAAUGCAAAUUCAUUCUUUGCCACUAGGUGCCGCUUUUGGAGCGGUAAAAUAGCUGUUUACCCAGUAACGGCUGUGCACAAAGCAUCACAAACCUGCUUGUUUGGGACUCCCAAAACCAAAAUAUGAAUCUUUAAUUAACCAUAAUAGGGGCACUUUCAUUUAUUCAGUAGCCCUAAUUCAUAAGCUGGUAUGUAUAAUAUAUGAUUAAGCACCUGUAAUAUCUUGGCUGUGAAAUUUAAUUGGCUGUGUAAUAUUAUUUACUUUGAAACCAAA